CCGGGUUUUUUUUUUCAAAGGAGAUCUUUCAUGUCGAAACAAGUAGUGGAAAAAAAAUGCAUCAGGCCAGACCAGUUUUAACAUCCAGUGACUUGUAGGAGGUACUGUGCAUGACAUGGCUUUUUAAGGCAGUAUGCACCUUUGACAAGCCGCAGAUGGUGGAGGAACACCUGUAAUUUAACAAUGACACAAUGAACCCUGAAGUAACCUUUAAACCACUGUCCGGGAUAUAUUGAUACCAACUUUGGUUUCAUUUUAAACCAGAGACAGUUUUCACUCUAAGAGGCACAGGUGAACAAGUCUUCAGAUUCCCACUGUGAGUUACCUGCCAGCACUGCAGCCAUGGGUGAAUGGGACUCCUUCGGUAAGCUCUUUGAGGUCCUCCAGAACGAGUCUCCAAUGCUUGGACGGUUCUGGCUCUUCCUGAUGCUUGUGUUUCGGAUAGUGAUUCUUGGAACAGUGGCCAGCGACAUGUUUGAGGAUGAACAGGCGGAGUUUACCUGCAACACCCUACAGCCAGGCUGCAGGCAGGUCUGCUAUGAUGAUGCUUUCCCUAUCUCCCAGUACAGAUUCUGGGUGUUUCACAUAGUUCUGAUUGCUACCCCGUCCCUGCUUUUCCUCCUGUAUGCUUCACAUUAUCAUACCAAAAAAGCUUCAAAGCUAAAUUUGGUCCAAAGUAGCAUUCAUAGAUACAGAGAAGAUCCCCACAUCAGGAGGCUUUACAUUGUAAAUGUAAUUUUUCGGAUCUUGGCGGAGGUGGGCUUCCUGGUGGUCCAGUGGAAGUUGUACGGCUUCAAGGUGAAAGCGCAGUUCCCCUGCAGCCGCUUUCCUUGCCCCUACAUAGUCGACUGCUUCACCUCCCGUCCUGCAGAGAAAACAAUCUUCCUCUACUUCUACUUUGCUGUGGGUGCCGUAUCAGCAUUUGCCAGCUUUGCGGAGCUUUUCUAUGCCGUCACAAAAUGGUUUUGCUGCCGCUACCAUCAGCCCUUUGACCUGGAAGACCGUCAGAAUCUACAGAACUUAAGUCAAGAUGAUUUCAAUGAGAAGCCAAAGGCAAAGACAAUGUCAGACAGCAGCGUCAGGCUAAAGGGAGGAUCAGUGAAAAGCAGCAAGAAGGUCUCGAGCGUCAAGAGCAAAAGAGGCAAAUAUGUGAACCCCAGGACACUCAUGGUGUGAGAGGCCCCCACCAUUUCCUGCUGAAAACUAUGUUUCUAAUGCUUUAUAUGAUUUCAUUUUAAAAUUCCCACUGUCUGACAGAGUUUCACUGUUGGGAGACAUGAUCAGGUAACUCAUGAGGAGUGAGAUCAGGACAUGAGUUAAAGCAAAGACUGACAAUUAAGGCUCAUUUGUCUUGGUAGGCUCAUGAAUCACUGUAAAGUUUAAGCCUUUAGCAUGUGGGGGAAUUUGACAGAAAUAAACUUGAUAGACCUGUUUUACACUUCCUUGGUUGCCAGAGAGCCAACUCUGCCGCUCCUGUUUUAAAUAGGAAAAUCCAUCCUUAAAUGUGGUUUUAAAAAGCUUUACUGUCUGUGGCUGAAAAUGUCUGAAAACAUUUGAGAAUAACAAAAGUGUUGCUAUUUGAAUAAAUGUAUUUAUUUUCUUUGUUAUAGCGCAAGCUAGGUAGUCUAGAUGUUACUAAGUUUGAGCUAUGUAGCAAAGUGGCUACGUCUGAAAUUUUGUGAAAGCUUCCCCACUUACUGGCAAGUAUUUUUUUUUACUUUUUAUGUUUUUUGACAUGUAUUAAAUAGUUCCUUUUGAAAUAUUACUGUACAGUCGGCUAUUUAGAACUUAAAAUGUAUCAUUAAGUUGUUAAAUUUGUUGCGAUUGGCUUAAAAUAAAAGAAAAAAGCAAAGUCAUUUUUUUCUCUUUCUACUGUUUGCUACAUUGCAUUUUAACAUGUAUCCAUAGUACUGAAUUUGAACUGUUUUGGUGUUAAAGUACCACAACUGUUUUAUCGGGAUUCAAAUACAUUUUUCACACUAUUUCGAAAUACUAAGGCCAAUGGUGAGAUUUGUAAUAAAAUUUAAAGUUUGCGACACUGUAAACUGAAUACAUGAGGCCAGGUUUCUGAUGUGGAAAACGAUUGUAUCUAUUUUGCCAGUAAUGUGAUGUAAAAGGCUCUGGGUCAAUUUCCUGCUUCGCCAUUUUGUACAUUGUUAUUAGGGCUUAAUCAUGGUACUUAACCAUGGUAUGUGAACUUAUUUUCUGUUGUACGUCAGUAUUUUUAAAAACUGUGGAGUUGAACCCCCUAAAAUCUGAUAUGUAAUUUAAUUUAAUACUAUUGUGUGCAAAUGUGCAUUAUGUACGACAUGACUAAAACUACAAAGGUACAAAAUGGCGAUGGGGGUGGGGGGGUAAUGACCCACAUGAGUCUGAAAGGUUUGUGAGUAUGCUUAUUGUUUCACAAUGAGCCUCAUCGUUUAAUUCACUGAACGAUAAACGCUGAUUUAAGAACACGAUCAAGAAAUGGUGACCUUGUUUUACUUUAUUUAGUGCAAAACUUUGCUGUUGUUAGAAAUAGUAUCUCAUGAUUGAAUGUUUCAGGUAUUUAUUUCACAAAAAAGCACUAUGAAAUAGAUUGAAUGAAAUGUUAUGUACAGCCAUUUCAAACACUGAAUCUUUGCGUGCCAGAGAGUGUUAACUGUUUGUAAGCCUUUUGAAUGCAUGCCACGAACAAGCCCAGCGAGAUUUAUCAGAAUCUCUGUUGUUUUGCUGUGAACAUCUCCUGGAAGAUAACACAAUGCUUCCUUGUUCCUGCUGUGUCUGGAAUACUGCUUUCUUUUCUUGUUUAUCAGUAUGUUGAUGCUGAGGUAGUUAAACAAGAUUAAUAAUGAAACUUUUCAGUUUCAUUAUUACUUUGCCUCGAUGAACUUAACACAGCAGAAGCAGAAGGCAAUAGGGCUGUUUUGUGAUCAUUCCACACAGUGUUUACAACACAAGUCAUGAUUUUAUCUCAACCUCACUGAUUUUUACCCUCUUAGGUCAUGUGUACAAGUUUAAUCAUUUACAAAUUAAAUCUCUGGCUGGUUGGCUUGGUUUAAAAUAAGAUAGUUUUACUUUUUCACAUCGAAUGUUUCUCCAUGUUCACCUGGAAGAUGAUCUAGACACGUCUGUGCAUGUAACAUGUCAUUUCUUACUGUGUGAUUAUAUCAAAGCCAAUAUUCUGGUUGAACAGGCAACACCCAGCGUUUUUAUAGGCAAAUCCGUUUGGCUCCACAGUGCCAAAAUUCAAGCACUGUGAGGCCACAACAGCAACAACAACCGAAAAAAAAUAAAAAUGCUUAAAUCCAAACAAAUUUAUGUGCAAUGAUUGUUUCAUCUGCA